CGGCAUGGCUCGAAACGAAUUGGCAGCCAGCACCGGGAAGUUGUUGCGCUGUUGCUUAUGGAGCCACAGAGAACAGUCCCGUGACAUUCGCGAACUUCCCUGAGGACACUGUGGAGCAGAAGGCAGAAAGCGUGGGCAGAGUUAUGCCUCACACGGAGGACCACCUAUCCUGAAGCAAGAGGAUAGGAAGCCCCAUCCUGAGGCCAUCCUGUCCCAGGCCCGGAUCAUGAACAUGGAGGCAGGAACGCUGGCAGAGCUGAACACGCCCGGGGAGCUGUGCAUCCGAGGGUACUGUGUCAUGCUGGGCUACUGGGGCGAGCCUCAGAAGACAGAGGAAACAGUGGAUCAGGACAAGUGGUAUUGGACAGGAGAUGUCGCCACAGUGAACGAGCAGGGCUUCUGCAAGAUCAUGGGCCGCUCUAAGGAUAUGAUCAUCCGGGGUGGUGAGAACAUCUACCCCGCAGAGCUCGAGGACUUCUUUCACACGCACCCGAAGGUGCAGGAAGUGCAGGUGGUGGGAGUGAAGGACGACCGGAUGGGGGAAGAGAUUUGUGCCUGCAUUCGGCUGAAGGAUGGGGAGGAGACCACGGUGGAGGAGAUCAAAGCUUUCUGCAAAGGGAAGAUCUCUCACUUCAAGAUUCCGAGGUACGUCGUGUUCGUCACAAACUACCCCCUCACCAUUUCAGGAAAGAUCCAGAAAUUCAAACUUCGAGAGCAGAUGGAACGACAUCUAAAUCUGUGAAUAAAGCGGGAGGAAGAGUCCGCCCAGGCCCUCCUCCUGUCCAUCCCCCACAUUCCCCUGUCUGUCCUUGUGAUUUGGCAUAAAGAGC